CACAUCUCUGUGGAAUGGGCCUCAAACACCUCCUGUGCGUGCUGCUCUGUGCGGCUUCUCUGACAGAUUCUGGAGUUUUUGGUAGAGACGGGAACAGCGAGGCGGAUAGGUGGUGCCGACAGAGCCUCCCGCUGCUGCUGGACACGCACACACAACUUUUAAAGACACCUUCAUUCAGAGGGCAGGAGGAGGAUGAGGAGAGAGGAGGGACAAAGAUGCUAUGUGGGAUGGAGUGUCACAGCAGCCUCCUGCCUAUGGACCAAGCUGACCAAGAGAGAAUUCUGGGAUAUGAGACAAUGUAUGCAAAUGGUACACGUACGCAUACAGAUAUCAGGUUGCUUUGGCUUAACAAGACAUCAACAAGUAGGUCUGUAACCACACCAUCAAGCACUCGCAGGAAACGGCAGGUUUAUGGAACAGAUGGACGCUUUGUGAUCACUGACUCACAUUUUAUCACCAACUACCCGUUCUCUACCGCAGUUCGUCUCUCCACAGGCUGCUCUGGAGUCCUUAUAUCUCCCAAACAUGUGCUAACAGCAGCACACUGCGUUCAUGACGGGAAGGAUUACCUAGAGAGCGCUAGGAAGCUUAAAGUUGGAGUGCUGCAGCUCAAAACCAAAAGGAGAAGAGGGGGUCGGAGGAGAGGUGGGCGGCGGAGGGGUGGGAUAGAAGGACAGAGGGAGACAGGUGAGGGGAAAGGGGAGGAGCAGAUAGCGGAGGAAGGCGUGGAGCAGAACGAAAUAGAUGGGGAUGAAGUGAGAGAGAGAAAUGGAGGCAAAGGUAGGAGACGCAGGGGGAAAAGAGAGAGAGGUCCUGUGGUAGCUGUUCAUGGAAAUAUAGGUGACUCUGAGAGAGGAGGACAAGGGAAACAAAACCGCAUUCGACGCAGCGUUGAACCCAGAAGGCAGCCUGUCUUCCGUUGGACACGAGUUAAACAAACCCGAAUCCCUCAAGGAUGGAUCCACACUGACAGCUCCAACAACUCACUUUCCUCUGACUACAAUUACGCCCUCCUGGAGCUGAAACGACCCAUGAAGCUGAGGUACAUGAUGCUCGGAGUUGCUCCCUCCUCCGCUCCUUUGGCGCGGAUCCACUUCUCAGGCUACGACGCUGACAAAAGCCUGCGGGGUGACCGUGGAAACGAGAAGGUGGUUUAUCGUUUUUGCUCAGUAGCAAAGGAGUCGGAGGAUUUGAUGUACCAGCACUGUGACGCACGGCCUGGCGCAACAGGCGCAGGUGUUUACAUCCGUCUGAGGCAGGAGGUGGCAGAUGCAAGCAGCAAAGGGAAGUGGCAGAGGAGGGUGAUCGGGGUGUUCUCAGGCCAUCAGCGGGUGGAGGUGGAGGGGGGUGAACAGGGGGACUUUAAUGUUGCAGUGAGGAUCACUCCUCCUAAAUAUGCCCAGAUCUGCCACUGGAUUCAUGGAGAUCCAGAUCUCUGUAAGGAGGUUUGAACUUAAAGAGCAAUGGAGAAAAAUACUGCAGUAGCUAUAUUGCAGUAUAUAGGAAGAAACCUUAUGAUAAAUGUUGAUGUUAAAAAUCAAAAAAUGUGUGCACAAUUUGUUGUUUUUAUGCCGACUCUGUCUUUUAUAAAUGUUUUCAUGUUCUAUCAAAAUGUUUUGAAGGAGCAGCUUUCUACAUACUGACCCAGGAGUGCUGAUCUGAGGCCAGCUCAUGUUGUCAGGCCAUAUCAACAAACCUGUAAAACACAGUUGCAGCAAAUGUCCCCUGUUCUGAAUCUGUGGCCUAUUUAUCAGCCAGUGCAUCUGGAGAAUGUGGGAAACAUGCAGUAAACCCUGUGGAUGACAAAAAGUCCCCUUUUUAAACACUACAGUUGUUUGUCUGUUUCUGAAAUACCAAUUUUAUACACCUGUAAGUAAAUAAAACAGUUUAUGUAAAGGGAAAGACAAACUCUUAUCUUCUCAUGUUGCAUGUUGUAAGGAGCACAUAUACUUUAAAAGCAAACAAAAUAAUCUUGUAUUGUACUUUUUCUUUGGUGCCACAAAUGCAUUUCUUGUAAGAUAUGUAACAAAGAUAAUCCAUGCUGAUAACCAAUAAAAUGGUUUUUAAAAUUAA